AUGCACUUCUUCCCCGAACUCAUACCUAACUCCAUCUUCAUGGCCAUCUUCAGCAACCAUUUCCUGAGCUCUUUGCUGCUCUUCUUCUCGACUAGUUUGGUAUCUGAAGCACAAGCAGCAAGUGGCAGGCAGAAGGAGCUGGUGCCUGCCAUGUUUGUAUUUGGAGACUCCCUCAUCGACAGUGGCAACAACAAUCGUCUCGCCUCCUUUGCCAAGGCUAAUUACUAUCCUUAUGGCAUUGACUUUGCUGGGGGGCCAUCAGGAAGGUUCUCCAAUGGCUACACCAUUGUGGACGAAAUAGCUGACCUUCUUGGACUGCCUCUCGUCCCACCUUACUCUGAAACUUCGUCUGGUGAUGCUGCUGCUCUGCAUGGGGUCAACUAUGCUUCUGCUGCAGCAGGGAUUUUGGACGUCACUGGUCAGAACUUUGCUGGUAGAAUACCGUUCGACCAACAGAUCAAAAACUUCGAGUCCACCCUCGAUCAGAACACUGGCAACUUGGGAGCAGAUGCUGUUUACGACGCCAUUGCUCGCUGCAUCUUCUUUGUGGGAAUGGGGAGCAACGACUACUUGAAUAAUUACCUGAUGCCUGAUUACGACACUAGGAAUCAGUACGACGGGGAACAGUUUGCUGAUCUGCUUGCCCACCUGUAUGCUCGUCAGCUUACGAGCAUGUACAACCUCGGAGCUCGGAAGUUUGUGAUCAAUGGAGUCGGAUCGAUAGGAUGCAUCCCUAGCAUACUCGCCGAGAGUCCUUCGGGUCAGUGCUCGCCCGACGUGGACAAGCUCGUGAUGCUCUUCGACAGCAAGGUGAAGGCAAUGGUAGAUACCCUCAAUGUGAAUCUGCAUCAUGCAAAGUUCAUAUAUGUCGAUAUCUAUCACAUGAUCUUGGAUAUCCUCGCCAACCCCAAACAGUAUGGGUUUAGUGUGAUCGAUCGCGGUUGCUGUGGCAUCGGACGAAACAGUGGGCAGAUUACAUGCCUACCCUUCCAAACUCCAUGUGCAAACAGAGAUCAGUAUGUGUUCUGGGACGCCUUCCACCCAACAGCAGCAGUGAACAUCAUGCUAGCGAAGAAGGCCUUCAGCGGCGACGCCGACGUCGUAUUCCCCAUGAACAUACACCAACUUGCUAACCUGGAACUCGAUCCAAAUUAA